AUGCCUGACGAGGUGAUGGAGCUGACGAGACAAUACAUUCACGACAUUUGGCUGCCAGCCAAUACCGUGAUGCUCAACACUGAUGCUGUUCCAGGGGUCCCUUUCACACGUGAUGAACUAAUCCAAGAACUGUGCAGAAUUCCAGUCACAAAAUCCGUAGCAAAACAUUGCUUGCCUGGCAUUUGUUGGAAGACCCAUGCUACUGCAGUGACUGAUUUCAUUUUUCCCAAACUUGAACGCUGGUGGAAUUCUUCACCUCCCUUCAUACCAGAUCAAUGGAAAGCUGCACACCUUACGUUCAUCCACAAACCAGGCAAGACACCCGACAACUUGCUGAAUUUGAGACCCUUAGCCCUGCUUGAGCCGGUCGGCAAGAGCAUACUGGGACUGCUGACGUCCAAAUUUGCCCUGGAAGUGCGUCCUUUGAUCACUGACUGGCCCCAAUUUGCAUUCAUGCCAAACAGAUCAUCACUGGAUGCCAUCCGAAGAGUUGUACAGCAUUGCUUGCGUAUCAGACACCUCCAUCAGAACCAACGACGUAGUGUUCACCAGCGGGCAGCUGCAGUGAAAAGCACCCCCAUCUGUGGAGGGAUACAAGUCCUGUUGGACGCGACCCGAGCCUUCGACAGAGUACCGAGGCAACCACUUUUUGACUUCAUCCACACUCUGCCAGUGGAUCAGCGACUUGUAGUGCUCCUCACCGCUUGGCACUCCCAUACUGCAUACGUGAUUGAACACGAUGGACAAGCAGCAACAGUUGGCACAGACAUCACCUGGACCACAGACUGGACUCAUGUGCCGCACUUGCAGCAAUUAGUGCACGCUGCUCGUCAUGAACAGUUGCAGGUUUCCCUGGCGACACCUGCGCACGAGGCGCUGACCGUGCAGAGACCGACGGCCUUGAACCCAGGGGCCAUGUCGACAAUGCAGGACAAGCCCACAUAUCCGUUGCUGACAGACUCCAACCUGUCCCUGCUUUUAUCCAAACCAUAUGGAUUACCCAUUUUGGAAUGCAUCAAAGCCAGACGAUGGGGCACGUUGCUGCAAUAUCCUGAUGCUGUCCAAGACCUGACCAGCUAUUGCGUCAUUUGCGGAGUGUUCAGCAACAGACCGCAGGAACUGAACCAGCAUCUGCGCACCCAGCAUCAUCAGCUGGUGCCCCACGUGAUGACCAAGGCCAGUCAGUUAUGCAAGUCCCUGGCAUCGAACUCCCCAUGCAGAUUUUGCCAACGCAGUUUCAAGAGAGUACAUCAAUGCCCAGUGAUGACCCAAGCCGCCGUGCUAUUAGUCAACACUGACUGCACAGGUGACACAUAUGCUGCACCCGGCCAAGCAGUCCUGCACUGCGACAUCUGCCACAUGCAGUUCCAGGAGCUCAGACUGCUCAAUGAACACUUAGAUCAACUGCAUCGCCUAGAUCCACAAGAUUGGGAUCCACUGAGGGACCUCCUGGGGUCAGAUCCAGUUUGCAGUCACUGUUUGGCUUGUUUUGCAGAUCGCUCUGCUGUUCGGCAGCACAUCACCCUGGGGCAAUGUUUGAGCUUCGAUCCGAUGCGACCAGCGGCAGACUUACCGGUGCCACCUGAUUGGCAGGAGAUCAUCAUGCAAGGCCAGACCACUGAGCUUCGACAGGCGCCCAUGAAACGCCUACAGCUGACAUUGCGCUGCCAACUUUGCCAGACACAAUUUCAACGCACUGGGGACUUAUCCCUUCACCUGCAAACCACACAUGCCAGUUUAUGGGCUGAGUCACAGAUGUAUGUUCCACUGCUGAUCGCAUCAUGCCUACCACAGGGUUGCUUAUGCAACCCCAUGACAAAUGCCAGUGGCCUGCAACACGUUUGUGUACCGCUCAGGCAGCUCGGAAUGAUGGCAGCAAAGAUGGCAAUCCCACUGUACCUGCCCUGGAAGUUUGCAAUGCAGGAUGUCACCCAAUAUUUGCAUGCCGUGGCUGAUCAAUCGUUCAAAGUUCACACCCAAACUGGUUGA